AUGAAAGGGUACAACAGGGUUUGGACCUCAACCUUCAACAAUACCACCACCUUCAUCCUUUUCAAUAAUAACAUCUCCCAAGGUUACCCCACAUCCCCUUCCUCCUAUACUGCUUCAAAGUGCUUCCCUUCCUUCCAAAACCAAAGACUAAACCUUAAAGCUCAGAAUUUCAAACCCUAUGUCAUCAUAUGUGCUUCUCUGUCCAGUCAUCAUGCUAGCAAUGCUUCCACAGCUCAGGCCGAGGAGCAAGAGGUUGAAAUUACAAAUGGCUACACUAUGACUCAAUUUUGUGACAAAAUGAUAGAUUUCUUUUUGAAUGAGAAAACCAAAUCAAAAGAAUGGAGGAAUUACUUGGUAUUCAGAGAGGAAUGGAAAAAAUACAGGGAUAGAUUCUACAGUAGGUGCCAGAGAAGGGCAGACAUGGAGAAUGACCCAAUUCAGAAGGAAAAAUUUAUUUCAUUGCGAAGAAAAGUGAAGAAGAUUGAUGAUGAAAUGGAAGGACACAAUGAUCUCCUCAAGGAAAUACAAGAUAGCCCAACAGACAUUAAUGCCAUAGUUGCACGAAGGCGAAGAGACUUUACAGGAGAAUUCUUCCACUACCUCUCUCUUAUUUCAGAAACAUAUGACAGCUUGGAAGAUCGUGAUGGGAUUUCUAGGCUGGGGAGUAGGUGCUUAUCAGCUGUCAGUGCAUAUGAUAAUACUCUAGAGAUUGUGGAGACAUUAGAUACUGCACAGGCCAAAUUUGAUGAUAUCCUCAAUUCUCCUUCUAUUGAUCUUGCUUGUCAGAAGAUCAAAAGUCUGGCAAAGGCAAAGGAACUUGAUUCUUCAUUGAUAUUGUUGAUAAGCAGUGCUUGGGCGAAAGCAAAAGAAUCUACAGUGAUGAAGAAUGAGGUGAAAGAUAUAAUGUACCAAUUGUACAAGGCCACAAAGAGCAGCCUAAGGAGUAUCACUCCAAAAGAAAUAAAGCUACUCAAGCAUUUGUUAAACAUCAUAGAUCCUGAGGAGCGAUUCUCUGCACUGGCAAGGGCUUUCUCCCCUGGCGAUGAAGGCGAAGCCAAAGACCCUGAUGCUCUAUACACCACCCCAAAGGAACUGCACAAAUGGAUUAAGAUCAUGCUUGAUGCAUAUCAUCUGAACAAGGAAGAAACAGAUUUGAGAGAAGCCAAGCAGAUGACUGACCCUGUUGUAAUUCAGAGGCUGUUUAUCCUCAAAGAUACUAUUGAACAAGAAUAUAUGGAUAAAGGUACAACUCAGAAGUCUGAAACCAAAGAUGACUCUAAACCAGUAGAGUAUUAA